AUGCCACUCUGCUCUCCCCUUGCAGAGAAGACCGGGAAGGUACUGGACGAGUUUUGCCGGUGCUACAAGGAGCAGUACGGAGUAGCACUCUUCAACAGUGUCCGCUAUGAAAUCGAAGGCAACGGCGGGCCGCAGUCGCAACUACUCCACCGCAAGGUUCCACUGGAGGACCAUGUCAUCUACUCAGGCAACCUCUUUCAGUACAUUGAGGAGAAUAAGAAGUGGAGGAACCGCUUCUGCGUGGUCCCACACAACUACGGCUUGGUGCUGUAUGAGAACAAACUGGCCUAUGAGCGAGUGCUGCAGCCUCGUGUGCUGGUGAACAGUGCUGGCUACAAGAUCCUCACUUCCCUCGACCAGUACCUAGAGCUGGUUAACAGCAGCCUGCCUGGCGUGACACCCAAGUCUGGGAACACCCCAAUCCUGAAAUGUCCCACCCAGUUCCCCCUCAUCCUCUGGCACCCCUACGCCCGGCACUACUACUUCUGCGUGAUGACGGGGAAGGAGCAGGAGAAGUGGCGGGCUGUCUUCCAGGACUGCGUGCGGCACUGCAACAAUGGGUUCUCCGAGGAGUCCAAAGUGGAGGCCCCAGCCUUUACGGACGCCGUCCGCAUGUACCGCCAGUCGAAGGAGCAGUACGGCACCUGGGACAUGCUGUGCGGCAACGAAACCCAGAUCCUGAGUAACCUGGUGAUGGAGGAGCUGGUCCCAGAGCUGAAGAGUGCCAUCGGUCCAAGGCUGAAGGGCAAGGUGCAGGAGCGGCAGAGGACCUGGAUCCAGAUCUCAGAUGCUGUCUACAGAAUGGUCUAUGACCAGACAAAGGCCCAGUAUGAUGCAGUGGUGACCAAAUGUGAACUGGAACGUCCCCAGAUGGAGAGCACCAUCCGUACAGACAUGGACCAGAUCAUCACUUCAAAGGAGCACUUGGCGAGCAAGAUCCGAGCAUUCGUCCUCCCCAAAGCGGAGAUCUGUGUCCGUAACCAUGUCCAGCCCUACAUCUCCUCCAUCCUGGAGGCUCUGAUGACCCCCACGAGCCAGGGCUUUGCCGAGGUGCGGGAGGUAUUCUUCAAGGAGGUCACGGACAUGAACAUGAACAUCGUCAACGAGGGCGGCCUAGAGAAGCUGGUGGAGUACAUGGAGAAGCUUUCGCACCUGGCCUUCCACCCUGUCAAGAUGCAGUCAUGCUAUGAGAAGAUGGACCAGCUGAAACUGGAGGGUCUUCAGCAACGGUUUGAUGUCUCCAGCACAUCUGUCUUCAAGCAGAGGGCCCAGAUCCACAUGAGACAGCAAAUGGACGAUGCAGUGCACACGUUCGAGACCCUCCUCCAUCAGGAGCUGGGGAAGCUGCAAGGCAAAGAUGACUUGUGCAAGUCAAUCCAGCGCAUCCUCGAGCGCGUGCUCAAGAAAUUCGACUAUGACAGCAGCACUUUCGCCUCUUCUCUGUGGCAGGAGUUAGCCAAGUUCCAAGAGCUGAUCUUCGAGGACUUUGCCAGCUACAUCCUGGUGGAGAACACUUAUGAGGAGGUUGUGCUGCAGUCGGUCAUGAAAGACAUCAUGCAAGCUGUGAAGGAAGCAGCCGUGCAGAGGAAGCACAACUUGUACCGCGACAGCAUGGUGAUGCACAACAGCGAUCCCAACCUCCACUUGCUGGGCGAGGGCAUCCCCAUUGACUGGGGAGAGGAGUACAGCAGCCAGCCUGACACCGAGCCGGCCACCGAUAAGCGCCGCAGGGUGAAGCAAGUGGUGUCGGUCAUCCAAGAUGAUGAGGGGGCCCUGCCGUAUGAGUCAGGCACCGAGGCACUAAUGCAUCAGACCUCCCAGGAGGAGCAAGAGCCAGAAAAGCCAGACCCUCAGGCAACACCAGGCUCUCCUGACAGCGUGAAGGAGAUCCAGGAAAUGCUGGAGAAGGAGGUUCUCAAGGAACCUGCAGGCCCUGCUGGUGUCGAGGCAGAGGAACAGCUGACGAACGGUACAGUCGUCACUCAGGAGAGCGGUGCCUCCAAGGAUUCAGCAGUGGAAGGGUCCCAGGAAACCACCUCCGUGGAGAGCUCUGCCCCUCAUAACGCCACCCCCCAGGGCCCGGCCAGCACAGGAACAGGGGUGCACCACACCGCACCAGCAGCACCCGUGUCCCUCGUUGAGCCCUCUCCCUUGGCAGCAGAGCACCAGGCCAAUGUGGAUAGCCACAAACCCAGCGACAAGGAGACAGGAGAGGAGGUAUCAUCACCGGACAGCAAGGCCAGUCCGGAGCCCACUGAGCCAGCCACUGCAGGCAGCGUGGGCACAACGGAGAGUGGCGAGGCAGUGCAGACUGAGUUCUAGCCCGGCUGCCCCUGCACGGGCAUGUCCCGGGGUGCCAAGGGUGGACUGGCCUCGGUGACGCCGGGGGCUUGGGGGGAGGGUGGGGAUGCUUGUAGGCUGGUCCGACCGCGGCGCUAGGACCUACUGCGUUCUUGGGGUUGGAGCCCAGCGCUCUGGGAGAGGGAGGGGAUGGGAAACACCAAGACAUUAUUGCCUAACUGGGGAGGGAGUCUCCGCUGCUGUGUGUUGCUGGCCAGAACUAAGUGGUCUUACUGGGUCGGACUCGGGGAUUCUCCCCAGAGGCCCCCAGCUCAAUAUAGGGCACCCUCUGCACUCUGCUCUGUCCUUCUGUGUUAUUUUCUUUUUUUCUACUGCAGAGAUGCUUCUCCACAUCCCUUGACUGAGCCCCAGUGCCAGGGGCUGCCAGGAGGUGGGAGCGAGACCCACUUUGGCAGCAGGAUGGGAGCCUGGGGCUGGACUGGGUUUGCAGGGUGCUGCUCAGGCGCCCAGUGUCUCGCUCUGGCCUGCCACACGGUCUGCCUGGCAGGCCAUGCCCUGGCCAGGCCAGACCUGUUCCUCGCCCCAGGAUGGGCAGGAGUGCCCCGUCGCAGCCGUGCACCACUGCAGUGGGGGAGAGCCCUUUGGCUCUUCCCCUGCCCAAAUCUGUGGGGUUAUCCUGGGAGCCUCCCUGCACCAGCAGCCUGGUGGGGAUGCUCCCAGACCCAGCUAGCUGGGGAGCAUUCAAGCACCAGCACCCAAACGAGGACAUUUUACAGAAUAUUUCUUUUUCCCUUAAAUAGCGCUGAAAGGAGAGAGGGCUGCAGGAGGUAGAUGAAAAGUCUGACAGAGGGAUCUGCGGAUGCUGAUAGGGUAGUGAGAGGCUUUGUGGAGAGCGAUCAGGGGAGACAAAAGGUCUGGUGGGAGCAUGGAGAAGGACAACGGAAGUGUGGGCCAGUGGGAGGAUUGUGUCCGGUGGCUGCUGGUGAAACAGCAACGCUUGCAAGCUUUAAUUACUGCUCUAGGGGCAACGCGGGAGGCAGCUGGGCCACUUCUCCGUGGAUGAUAUCGUGGCUCUUGUCCGGUGGAGCUCCUUAUCACCUUGCAAAGAUGAAUUUCUCUUGGGCCCUCUGUCUUGCAGGUUUGGCAUCUGUGGAGGCAUUUGGGCAAAGAUGUGGUGCCUUUAUCAGAGGUUUGUUUGGGGAAGCAUUUGCGAGGCAGCCAGCUCUGGUGCCCCACAGCAUUUGGGGAGCCCAAACAGAGCUAGCCAGUAGUUUUUAUAGGAUUGGGCCAGUGACCCCUCUGUGUGGGCAAAGCUUGUACUGCACUCUGCCCUUUGGGGACUU